GACGUUAUCGCACAGCUCCUUUCUGCCUCCCUCUGAUCUGAUGGUCUAUGAGGCGCCAAAGGAAAGUUCUGGAGCUGCUGGAGAUCACCUGACCGACCUGCUCAGGCUGCAUGGACGCCUCCUCCCAACCUGAAGCGGAUUUCACCGCCUAAGGUUACCACCUUCUGCAGGAAGUGAUGACUUCCGGCUGCCGUGUGACAUCGCCGCGGCGCUCAGCUUCCUCUCAGUCAGAGCGCUGCGGCUCAUCGGGCUGAUCAUCAGAUAUCGGCGCCAUGGCGAGUCAAACGGAUCAGAGCAGCGCAGGACAGCACCAACUGCAAACACCUGAGGAGGAACACGGCUUCAGACGUGUGCGGCAGUUCUCACCUGCUCACGCUCGAAAACUUGGGCUGACGAGGAAAAACAUGAAAGGCAGAAUGGAUCUGAAAGAAGACCCAGAGGAGAGAGCAAAGAGACACAAGGAGAUGGAGCUGAAGCCGCUCUACAAGGAGCUGCUGUACACCGUCAAACACAGGAUGGGCAAACCGUCCUCGCCCGACGUCCUCGCCGACAGCCAGCUGCACAAGUACAUGCAGGAGGCUUUCGGUAUGACGGAAUCCGAGCACGCCGCUCUGAUGGACAAGGUAGAAAAAACCGAGCCUCCCGUCUACUGUCUGAAGGCCAUCGUGAAGGAAGCCAAAGAAAUCCUGGGGAAAGACGUGAGUGGCUUCAGCGACCCCUAUUGUCUGCUGACCAUCCUAGAAGAUGAGGAGGAGACUCGGACUCGUCGCUCCAAAAGCAAACAGUUUAAAUUUGUGGUAAAAGAUGCCACUUCUGACGACAGGAUCUACCAAACGGAGAUCCAGAAGAAGACCCUGAACCCCAUAUGGAAUCAAACCUUCAUCCUAGAGUUUCAGAAGACAGAGGGAGCCAGUUUCCACCUGGAGAUGUGGGACAAAGAUGAGGAGGUGUCUCUGAGCCAGAAGCUGGAGGAGAUCAAAACCAACUUCAACAGCUUGAAGAGGAUGAUCAAAGAAGCCAAGAAGGAGAAGGGCACCGACGACUUUUUGGGGAACAUUGUAAUAAAACUCCAGGACCUGCACUGCACAGAGGACAGCUGGUACAACCUGGAGCCCAGAACCGAGACAUACCCGGACCGCGGGCAGUGCCACCUCAACCUCAAGUUCAUCCACAAAAGUAGGGACGGGACGCUGAGCGCCGGCCGCAACGCCUACAUCAACUACUGUGGGAUUCUGCAGCAGUUUGUCCAGGCCUACAUUUCCAAACAGAAGAAUUCUGCUCCAUGGAAGGGCGAGCUGUGCGGUGAGGCUCAGACUCUUCUGGAACUCUACGGCACGCAGAACGACCUCUCACCGUUCCUUCAGGACCUGGGGAAGUGGGUGGCGUACAGCCGGCUGUACCAGAGUCUGGAGGUGGACUCGUCUGUGCUGCUGCAGCAGCUCACAAGCAUCGAGUACCACUGGCAUCAACUGAAGCUGCCCCACCAGCAGAAACAGGAGCUCGGGGAUUCUCUUCAUGGUUUCCUUCAGUACGGAUUGUGUUUGGUGGCCAAAUACAGAGACAUCUUCCCCCCGACUCCGUCUGCGACUCCAAAGCUGCACACGCUACUCAGGAUUCUGGUCCAGAUCUGUAAGACCAAGGCCUUCCAGGAACUGAACCCAGCUCAGUUUGACCUUCAGGAUGAGAUCUGUGAGGCCCUACAGACAGGAACGGAGGACUGGUUCACCGUCAAAAAGGGUCUACACGAGCCCAUGACCAAGGAGCUGACAGAGAUGGGGAGCGCCCUCUCCAGGCUGAUCAUGGAGGUGCAGAAAGACAUCAAGAGCAACAAGGACGUCUGGAACAGAGUGUUUUUCAGUGCUGUGCAGGUGGACGUGUUCACCGUCGUCUACCACAAGUUCGAUUCCCUGCUCGCAAAGGAAGUGAUGAAGACGUUGUCACUGAUGAAGGGUCACAUGGACCUGAAUCUGGCCAAAUGCCUGUUUCCUGUCUACCUGAACUUAUACGCCAUCCACAAGAACAAGGCUUUCCUACAGAGAAGAGGGUUUCUGGAGCUCUCCAACUUCCACGAGGACUUCAGAGAGGCGAUGCCGUACUGGCUGAACCAGGCUUUCAGCACCACCAAGGACAGGGUGGAGAGGGCGGUGCAAGUGGACCAGCUGCAGCCCCUGCAGACCGGCUCAGAGCUCAUCAAGCACAGCUCCUCCGCCGUGGACCUGGUCUCCUGCAUCCAGCCCAUCUGCCAGCUGUGGGAGCAGCUGUCCUGGCCCGAUCCGGAGGAGUCCUUCAUGCUGAUGGUCAAGCUCACUGAGGACGUGUGUAAGAUCGUGGGGAGCUACUGCCAACUCCUGAAGGACAGAGUCCGGGUUCUGUCGGAGAACUCCGACCACAGCAGCGCCAUCAACAUGCUGUGCGUGGUGGUGAACGACCUGGAGCACCUGAGGACGCACCUGAGCAAGCUUCCCUCCCAGCUGAACUGGGAGGGCCUUCGCUCGCGGCUCGCCAACGUGAUCGCCGACAGCCAGUUCAACAACACGCUGAGCUCCCAGCUGCAGCAGGCGCAGAGCAGCCUCGGCCGCGAGAUCCGCUCGGCGCUGGACACGCUGGGGAAACAGCUGAACACAGACAUCGAGACGUACGUCAGAAGCAUGUCCACCAGACGAAGGAUUCCCUCCAAGUCCUCUGAGGAUGCUGCUGCUCCUCUCAUGCGGUACCUGGAGCAGGAGCUGCAGUACAUGAAUGAAAACCUGGUCCUGGAGAACUUCAACAGCCUCCUGACUCCGCUGUGGAACAACUCGGUGAAAAUCCUCUAUCAGACGGCAAACCAGCACUCGCAGCAGGAAGGACAGAUGGUCUUCUGCCAGAGGCUGCAGUACACGCUGCAGUGUCUGGAGCAGUGCUUCCACGCCGAGGGGAAUGGACUUCCUCUGAAGUCUCUACACUCGGACGAGUACAAGACUCUGAAGAGCUUCCUGGAGAGGAACUCUCUGAGCAGCCGGCAGAUCAUCGAAAAGUUCUUCCAGAAGAAAGCCUCCGAGCAGAGGACGUACAGCGGAGAGAAGUAUGGCGCCGUCACACUCCGCGCCUCCUACAGGAGGUCGGACCAGAGGCUCCGGGUGGAGGUGCUGAACGCGGUCAACCUGAUUCCCAUGGACUCUAACGGUUCCAGCGACCCGUUUGUUCAGUUGUGUCUGGAACCAAACCACGUCUUUCCGGAAGUGGAGCCUCGAGUCACUCAGACCAAGAGCUGCGAUCUCAACCCUCUGUUUGACGAGUCCUUCGAGUUCCUGAUUUCCCUGGAGCAGUGCCAGACUCCAGGGGCUUGCCUGGUGGUCACGGUGUUGGACCAUGACACCCUGAGUGCAGACGACUUCGAGGGCGAGGCCUUCCUGUCCCUGAGCGAGGUGACGGGCGUCUCUGGAGGAGCGGAGGAGGACUCGAGCUCACAGCCGGACGCCGCUCCCGCUCAGCUACGCCUGCCUCUGAUGCAUCCCAAACCCAACGACGUCCUCCUGAAGCUGCUGGAGUCCCGGAGGGGCGAGCGGGAGGCGCAGGCGUUCGUCAAGAAGCGGCGCCAGCGCGAGAAGCAGUCGCUGGAGGCCGGUCAGCCGUGACAGACAUGCGGACUCCGCCUCUUCCUCCAAAAAUAGACUUUUAAUGAUCAGUACCAAAAACAGAAAGACUCUGAAGGAACGAGCGGCGCCGGCGAGCGGCGCCUCAGACCAUCACAGUGAUCGUCAACACCUUCACGUCAGUGCAAGAUAACAUCACGUUACUACAGUUUAUAUAUAAUAUAUAUGAUAUAUUAUAUCCACACAGCUCAGGAGAGGUUUUGGCAGAAGAGGUUAGUCUGCAGACGUCUGGAGAACCUGAGCGUUUUGGGCCGGGCCGUCCAGAACCUUCAGCCUCCGCUUCGCUUGAGCUGAAUCUGUGGGGAAACAUGACGCAGCGCCCUUAAAGAAACGCUGAGUCAUCCUUCCAGGCAGAUCUGACUGAAGCGGACCGGAUCAUUCCUGACCACGAAGGACGGUCGUAGGUUCUGGAGAAGGCCCGAUUGUUCUGCUGAGUUCAUGUGAUCGUCAGGAUCCAGACGGAGCGUCUCUGACAUCACAACAGUGUUCGUGGUCAAAGACAGAAGCGUUCCCGCCACGCUGCCUCCGUGAGCGUCCGAAUCGGUCUGUGAGGAACCGGGACAGACCGGUGCCGGCGUCAGGACAGCUGCGGCUCCGGGGUCUGCUCGGGGCACAGCGGGCACUCCGUGGAGGCGGAGCAGCUCUCACACUGCAGCCCGUGGCCACAGGGGAGCGCCACCGAGCCCUGCUCGCCGCAGGUCACGCAGCACCGCCUCUGCUUCCUGUACACCACCUGCAGAGGUGCAAACGGUCACCGGCUUUAGGAACACAAACCUCUGCAGUAUUUUAACACAAAAUGUCCAAAUAUUUAUUAGAAAAGUCCUGAAAUGAUCUCAUUCUGAUGAGAACCAAUAAACGUGUUUGUGGACUGCG